GUCCGUCGGCACCACUACUGAAACUCGUGUCCUUCGGCCCGAAGUCGUCCGUUCCCGAUUUGUGUACGAAUCCGACAGGUGUCUGCAGUAGUGUUCUUCGCUGUCGCCGUAGACGUACCAAAAGUCGAUUUACUUAUAUUAUAUAUUUUGAUAACCCGUCGCUAUCACGAUGACGUCGAAUCAACUGGUCGUCGGCGCCGCCGCCGUGCUGUGGUGGUCGUGUGCCUCCGCCGCCACCGCCGACGUCUUUCCCGUUGACCAAGUCGCGUCUGCAGCCAACACCGCCGAAGGAUUGUCCAGCCUGGCUGACAUUUCACGGACAAUCGAAGCUCAAGGGUUGCUGAUGUCGUCCGGCACUCCGUUCGACUUGUUGGAAGCUUGGAUGACCGGUGACGACGGCGGCGAACCGGCCGAAGGUCGGGGGAAAAAACCCAAACCAGCGAUGAUGGCCAUGACGAUGGCCGGUACGGCGGCCGUCAGCAUGCUGAUGAUGAAGGCCAUGGCCGCGAUCAAGCUGUUCAUCAUACACUCGUUUUUCGCCACCAAGCUGGGUAUCGUGGUCGGCGCCUACCUGUUGGCGUGCAAGCUGAUGGAAAUGAAACAGUCGCCGGCCAAGAAGUCGGUGCAGGUCAAGUGGGUGUCGGCGCCCGCGCACUUUGACGAACAUCCCCCGCAGAUGGCGCCCAUGGUAUCCCACUACUCUGACGCCGGCCAGUCGUCUUACGAACCGCAACAGGAGCCGCAGCAACACCAACAUCAACCCACCGACCAGUACGGACCACCGCCGCAAAACCAACAUCAGCCCACCGACCAGUACGGACCACCACCGCCACAGCAACAUUACAUGUCGUCCGGAGACUUCAACGGCGGCGGCGACAUGCAGGCGCACUAUUCGUACGUGAGUCCGGUCACGUACAGGCCGGCGUUGGUCAACCGCAAUCAGUCGGACAACAUAGUCAAGUCCGGCAGAGUGAAGUCAUAAGACGAAACUGCUGCCGUCGACGAUCGCAUAUAAUUAUUAUAAUUUAUUUUGCUGGUACAUUACAGGACCAAUUUUGUUUUUUUUUUUUAAGAAAAAUAUCCUCUACUCGCACUGUAUACAACGCGUGCUGUAUCCCACUACACCCAAGUACCUCAAACCUAAUUAAUUAAUUAACUGAAAUCCACGACUCUCAGAAAACCCCAUAUAAACACACACGCGCGUCUUUGUUUAUAUAGUCCCGACUCUACGUAUAGCCAAACCGAAUUCGCAACAGUAAUAAAGUAUAGGUAUAGUGAAUCGUUCACGGUGAUCCAAGUGUAGAGUGAGAUGUAUAUACAAUUUUAUAAUUUAUUUUGGCAAGACGAAUUUUUCAAUUAUUACCUAUACAGAUAAUCAUAGUUAUUAUAUUAUAGAACAUAUUGUAUUUUUAUU